CUAGAACUUCUAGCCCCAUCACUCACUGCCCGUCCAUUCCUGUCUUGAACGAACUCAGUUAAGCCCAAGCUGUUGACGACACAUCAUGUUGGCCUGGGGUUGGUUCUUGCAUCACGCGGUCCUCUGUUACCUGGCCGUUUCCUCGCGGGGCCAGUCAUGGAUGACGGCUUUCGACGCCCACUUUCAGUUCGCGUGUCCGGCUGGCCAGUCGCUGAAACACCUGGACAGCGUCCACGACAACCACCACGAAGACAGGGUGUGGAACUUUAGCUGCUCCGUCCCGCCCCACGGGGUGUCACUCAGUGAAUGCGAGUGGAGUGGUAAGUUGGUGUAACUCAUUCAAAUCAUAGAUUUGCGACGAGCAGAGGUAACUUACCAUCAAGCCAUAAGCUUACGUCUUACAAGCCUAAGUCCUAUGCUUAUCAGUUACCUGAACUAAACUAUUGCUAAAUGUUCACAUUUUUAUUCAAUAAUUCCCCCCCCCCUUUUUUUUUGUUGCCCUUCCACGUAAACAAUGUUAAAAUAAAUACUCGAGAGAAGUCAUUCUUAUAUUUUUUCCCUUAUUUUCAAACAAGUUACCUGAACUAAACUAUUGCUAAAUGUUCACCUUUUUUUUCAAUAAUUCCCCCCCCCCCUUUUUUUUUGUUGCCCUUCCACGUAAACAAUGUUAAAAUAAAUACUCGAGAGAAGUCAUUCUUAUAUUUUUUCCCUUAUUUUCAAACUCUCAAAAAACUUUUAACUUUAUGUAACUAUUGUGACAUCCGAUUAAACACUUUACGAAAAGAUUAAUAAAUUUAACCAUUUUUAGUAAUAUGGUAUUUCAACACAGACAACUAAAUCAACACAGAUUAUUAAUAUUAUGUCUCUACAAGAGGAUCUUUAAAAACAAAAAUACAAUUUUGAUGUCAAUCGAAAAUGGUUAUGCGGCUAAAAAUAUACUUAAAAUUAAUUUUAAAAAAACUCAAUGUGAUUGUUGCCUUUAAAACCUUCAUAAAUUUGUUUAGUCGCUAUGGCUCAUGAGGUAUGACUUGUAAAGGGACAUAAUAAGAUAAAUCAAAAUCAAGUCGUACUUUUUGGAACUGAUGCUAAGGGAGACACCUUUCGGAACAGCGUUCAAAUUUUGAGUACAUGUCAUUUUAAAAGUCGUAAGGCAUUUAUUUAGUUUGUAGAGUUGAGUUUCUUUCGAUGAUAUCUUUCUUUGGCGGUUGUGAUAAGAGAUUUGGCAUUUUGAUUAUGGCAUUUUGAUUAGAGAUUGUCAUUUUGAUCUGAGAUUUGGCAUUUUGAUUAGCGAUUUGGGCGUUUCGAUUAGAGAUUUGGCAUUUUGAUUAGCGAUUUGGGAGUUUCGAUUAGAGAUUUGGCAUUUUGAUUAGAGAUUUGGCAUUUUGAUUAGAGAUUUUACGUUAUGAUUAGAGAUUUGGCAUUUUGAUUAGCGAUUUGGGAGUUUCGAUUAGAGAGUUGGCAUUUUGAUUAGCGAUUUGGGUGUUUCGAUUAGAGAUUUGGCAUUUUGAUUAGAGAUUUUACGUUAUGAUUAGAGAUUUGGCAUUUUUGAAUAGUUAUUUGGCGAAUUUCAUUAGCAGACAUGAACUAUUUAAAAAUCAAAACAAGCGAUAUUUUAUUGUGUGUUAUACAUCACAUAAUUAACAUAGCACGAAGAGCAGAUUCGUUACCCACUAGAGGAGGUAAGUAUGUCAAGAGAAACAUUCAUGUCAAUUGUUGUUUCCCUCCUACUUACGACUUAUUUAUAAAGCACAGAUUUGUUUUAACUUGAUUCCGUCCUGCCCUGGUCAUUUUGACGGGUUGUUACUAGUUUCUAAUAAUAUUGAAUAUUUUGCGUGACUGAUGAAUAGAGAAAAAAACAACGAAAUAUUAAUUUUCUGAACGAUAUGACCUAGACCUAGACAGCUCAAGUUAAAUCUCCUGAGAAAUUUGAAAAUUAAUUGAAAUUGACAAUUAAAAAAAAAAAAAACCAGACAGUGUUGUCUCGUGAAGUAAAAUAAAAGGAGUUAAAAUAGAAGACCAAAGACUUGCUAACCCUUAGCGUAACUUUUCACCGUUCACUACUCUCCAACCACAUAGGUUACCAGAACAAUUUUGAUGAGCUUCUAGAGUUCCAGUGCCCGAAUGAGAGCGUCAUCACCGGUAUUGAGAGUAUCCAUGACAACAGAUACGAGGACAGGAAAUGGUCGUUUCAGUGCUGUAAUCCAGAAGGUAGCUCUGUGACCUUGCCCUUGUCGCGUGAUAACACUAAUAAGAAGAUGAUUUUUGCCAUUUCGAUAAUGUAGAAACAUAUUGCCAAUCCUUAAACGAACGUUUGAAUGUUGGUUAUGUUUACAACCCCCCUGUUUGCCUCCGCAGGUUUCGUCACGCACGGCUGCGUGUACACCCAGUACGUCAACACAUACGACAACAUGCUCACAUACAGGGUGCCUGAUGAUUAUGUGCUCAGGGGAGUCGACAGCGUCCACGACAACAGACACGAGUAAGUUGAUUCAAUGUUGUCCUGAAAGCCUAAAAUAUUAGACUCUCAGUUCAUGGUCAUGUUAGAGAUGAAUCAGUGGCCGCCCCCGGAAAUGGCGUGGUAGGACGGAUACAGCCACGGUUAGAGAGUAUACUGGUGGUAUCCAAGAUUUACAUGGGGAAUGCUGUAUUCAAGUUGUGGUGUCCAAGAUUUAGAUGGGGAGUGCUGUAUUCAAGUUGUGGUGUCCAAGAUUUACACGGGGAGUGCUGUAUUCAAGUUGUGGUGUCCAAGAUUUACAUGGGUAAUGCUGUAUUCAAGUUGUGGUGUCCAAGAUUUACAUGGGGAAUGCUGUAUUCAAGUUGUGGUGUCCAAGAUUUACAUGGGGAAUGCUGUAUUCAAGUUGUGGUGUCCAAGAUUUACAUGGGGAGUGCUGUAUUCAAGUUGUGGUGUCCAAGAUUUACAUGGGGAAUGCUGUAUUCAAGUUGAAGGAAAAGGAAGUAUAAAUUACAUUUUGGAAGCAAGCCAUUAAAAUUCAAUACAAAUCAGCAAACGUGGCGACACUGAGCCUUCGCCAUCGAACAGUAAAAAGAUUUCACAUUGUAGAAAUAACAAUUAAGAUUAAUUGGUGUCCAAAAUAAUGACAAGGAGAUGAUAUAUUUGGUGUCCCAAAAUGGCUAGAAGAUGAUAUAAUUGGUGUCCCAAAGAUGGCAAGAAGAUGAUUAAUCGGUGUCCCAAAGAUGGCAAGAAGAUGAUAUAAUUGAUGUCCUAAAGAUGACAAGAAUAUGAUGUAAUUAGUGUCCAAAAGAUGGCAAGAAGAUGAUAUAUUUGGUGUCCCAAAGAUGGCAAGAAGAUGAUAAAAUUGAUGUCCCAAAGAUGGCAAGAAGAUGAUAAAAUUGAUGCCCCAAAGAUGACAAGAAUAUGAUGUAAUUGGUGUCCAAAAGAUGGCAAGAAGAGUAUGUAAAUGGUGUCCAAACGAUGGCAAGAAUAUGAUGUAAUUGAUGUCCCAUAGAUGACAAGAAUAUGAUGUAAUUGGUGUCCUAAAGAUGUCAAGAAGAUGAUGUAUUUGAUGUCCCAAAGAUGGCAAGAGUAUGAUGUAAUUGGUGUCCAAAAGAUGACAAGAAGACGAUAUAAUUGAUGUCGCAAAGAUGGCAAGAAUAUGAUGUGAUUGAUGUCCCAAAGAUGGCAAGAAUAUGAUGUGAUUGAUGUCCCAAAGAUGGCAAGAAUAUGAUGUGAUUGAUGUCCCAAAGAUGGCAAGAAGAUGAUAUAAUUGAUUUCCCAAGGAUGGCAAGCAGAUGAUGUAAUUGGGGUCCCAAAGAAUGGCAAGAAAAUGAUAAUUGUUUACCCAAAAAUCUUCAAGAGGAUGAUAACUCCCCCAGAAGUCAGAUAGUGUGAACUAAUUCAACAUCUGACAAUCAAGAUCAUGUCUCAUGCUCAUCCAGUCCACAAUUAACAUUCAACAGGGGGAAACGUGACAUUUUCGUUAGGACGGGAUGAAUGUGGCGACUCAGGAUUUUUGAUAAUUUAUUGAUUUAUAGCCCAGUUAAAUUCAAACAUGUUUAUAUUAAUAAAGGUACCAUAUGUUGGUUUUAUUUUGAUUCCAGAGACCGAAUCUUCAGAUUUGACAUAUGCAAGCUUGAUCCCAUCACAAUAGAGGAAGGCGUGAUCGUUGGCUAGAGGUCAAGGACGUUUCUGUACCACGCAAUUUGUCGUAUUCAACAUUUUAAAAAUAUUUAUUGUUGACAUAAAAAAUCAUAUCAAAACGCCAGUUCUGUCGAAGUUCAACAUAUCAUUUUUUUUUCUAAA